AUGGCUUCUACUAUGGCUGCCAAUGCAACCAGCGUACACAACGUGAGUGAUGGCAAAGCAUGGAAGGCGAAGCAGGCGCUGACUGGUGGACCGCAGGUACGAUCGAGCCGCGCUUCCAACAUGGGUUCAUCCGGGAUGAACAGUGACCGCACGCGCGGAUCGCACAGCAACAGUGUGGGAAAGGGCUUCGCUGCUGGCAAGUCCAGCUGGAAUAGCAACAUCUGGGGUGACUCCAAUCUGGGAGGUAACUUCGGGGAUGAUCAACACAUCAGUGACUCAGCGUUUGAAGGAAAGUCGGGGUCGGGAUCGCUGCUGUCGACUUCGGAAUCGGAUGGCUGGGCUGGACGUGCUAACCUACCCUGGAGCACUGUCAAUACGUCACUGUCGAUGGGCCAGAACCGAGGCGGCAUGACAACCUCGCCAAUCCAGUCUCGUGCAAAUGAUCGAAGCGCCCCGGCUCUCAACGAUGCUGGUGAAUCCUCGUACUUUUCGCUACCCCGCACGACUGCCAUGGGUACCUCCGCUGGUACUGUGAGCCACCGGCCUUACCUGAACUCUGGAUCGGAGGGUGUUUCUCCAUCGGGAGACGGCAUGUCCUUCAGUGGGUUCUCUGGCCUUCGAAACGGCGAUGGACGGCGGCAGAUGAGCUCGACCGGCCUUAGUGGCAGCCCGGUGGGAGCAACCUUUCCUGUGAAGUCUGGUUUCUCCGGCUCCAUAGACUCCUCGCGUCAAGAAGAGAUGGCCGCUUCAAUAGCCAUGGGAACGCUGCCCUCUGGUAUUCCCGAGACUAUGUCCCCGCCUCAGACGCGCAGUGCUCUCUCUCAUGUGCCUCACAAUUCUGCUUCCUACGCUCCCCAACGACCCGUCCAUUCAACCCACCCCUCCUUCUACUCGGACAAUCACAGCGUUGACGGUCGCUACGGCAGUGGCUCCAUCGACCUCAGCGGUGGCUUCAACAAGCUGCAGCUGAGUGACAGUGGAUUUAGUAACCAGGCCAGUGCUCAACGUCCCCCAUUUGUACCCCAUGCGUCGUUCGAUGGAUCUCUUCCUCGUGGAAAAUACCAGAGCAACGAUGAUGCUGCCUACCAGGCGCUUGCCGGGUAUGGCGCGGAAGGUGCGCAAGAUAUGCACCUCGCAUACCAGCAACGGUCCCGCGGUGGUGACACCGGUUCCAUGUCUCCAUCGGAAUACGCCCGCAUGGACAGCCCAUUGUACGCCGGUGUUGAUGGUGCAACCCAGUACCGCAACUCCUCCGGUGCCCGCAUGAACGAUCAGGUGGCCUUCGAGCGCAGACUGCGGAACUUCCAGGACCAGGAAUUCGUUCAGGCCCAGGGCAACUCGCUCCAGCGCAUGCAGGGCCCCCCUUCAUACGACUACCAGAACUAUCAGGCGGCUCGCUUGAAUGCUCUUCAGGGAUUCUAUCCCAUGGCUCAGCUCGGUGGACUUGGUGCCGCGGCAAUCGUCUCUCGUACACACCGUGACGAUCCCACUCAAGUUGUUCGCAGCCCUCUUCUGGAGGAGUUCCGUGCCAAUAGCAAGGGCAACAAGCGCUAUGAGCUGAAGGACAUCUACAACCACGUCGUUGAGUUCAGUGGGGAUCAGCACGGCUCGCGCUUCAUUCAGCAGAAGCUGGAGACUGCCAACAGUGACGAGAAGGAGCAGGUCUUCCGGGAGAUCCAGCCCAACUGCUUGCAGUUGAUGACCGAUGUCUUCGGCAACUACGUUGUACAGAAGCUGUUCGAGCAUGGUAACCAGACCCAGAAAAAGAUCCUGGCGAAUCAGAUGCGCGGGCAUGUGCUUGCUUUAUCGACCCAGAUGUACGGAUGCCGAGUGGUUCAAAAGGCCCUCGAGCACAUCCUUACCGACCAACAGGCUGCUAUGGUCAAAGAGUUGGAGAACCACGUUCUGAAGUGUGUGCGGGACCAGAAUGGCAACCACGUUAUUCAGAAGGCUAUCGAGCGUGUGCCUUCACAGUACGUGCAGUUCAUCAUCAACGCCUUCCGUGGUCAGGUCAAUCGACUUGCGGCACACCCUUACGGCUGCCGGGUUAUCCAGCGCAUGCUGGAGCACUGCGAGGAGGUCGACCGGGAAUCCAUUCUGGCUGAGCUUCACGCCUGCACCGCGAAUCUCAUUCCUGACCAAUUCGGCAACUACGUGAUCCAGCAUGUCAUUGAAAAUGGCGACGUGAAGGAUCGCGAUCGUAUGAUCCAGAUCGUCAUGUCGCAGCUCCUUGCUUACUCUAAGCACAAGUUCGCCAGCAACGUGGUCGAGAAGAGCAUCGAGUUCGGCGAUGAAAGCCAGCGCCACCUCAUCAUCUCCACCCUGACCUCCUCCAACGACCGUGGUGAGAGUCCGCUGCUCGGGCUGAUGCGCGAUCAGUAUGGAAACUACGUCAUCCAGAAAGUUCUGGGCCAGCUGAAGGACGAUGAGCGCGAGGCCCUCAUCGAUCAGAUCAAGCCCCUGCUGAGCCAACUGAAGAAGUUCAGCUACGGCAAGCAGAUCGUGGCGAUCGAGAAGCUUAUCUUCGACCCCAACUCCCCGGUUGCCGGCCCUCUGGCCCACACCACCUCCACCACACCCCCAAACUCCCACAAAUCCUCCCCGCAGCCUUCGAAGCGCACUCUCCCCACCAUGGAGCAGCCGCGGGCCCCCUUCGUGGGCACCGCUCCACCUACCCCACCCCCGACGGACAACCAGAGCACCGUCGACGGCUCCCUCGAGUCGAAGGGGCUUGCUAAGAGCACCGUGACCUCAGUAUCGAGUCCCGAGACAGGUAGCACGGGUGUUCCCGUCCCGGUCGACGGUCACUAA